AUGGCUGAAAACGUUAAAGUUGUGGUCCGGUGCCGACCGAUGAACAAAAGGGAACAACAAUCAAAUUGCAAGAGUGUGAUACAAAUCGACAACUCACUAGUGAGUUUGGACAAUCCGAACGAUUCGAGUGCGCCACAGAAAUCGUUUCUGUUCGAUAAUGCUUACGGGUACGCAGCGACAACGGAAAACAUUUACAGCGAUAUCUGCUAUUCGUUGGUUGAGAGCGUUCUUGAAGGCUACAAUGCGACCAUUUUUGCGUAUGGACAAACCGGCUGCGGAAAAUCACAUACGAUGCAAGGCACCACGUACAAUAUGUCCGCUGCCGAUCCAAACAACGCCAACAAUAUCGGCAUCAUACCUCGCUCGUUUGAGCACAUCUUCGACGCGAUAUCGCUGGCCAGCGAGGUCCGCUACCUGGUGCUGGUAAGUUACCUGGAAAUCUACAACGAAACCAUUCGGGAUCUUCUGCAACCGGCGCAAACACCAACCGGCACGGGAGCAACAUCAUCGAGCCUCCAAAUCAAAGAAGUGCCCGGUGAAGGGGUGACUGUGCAAAACCUGUCCCUCCACGCCGUUCACGGGAUGAAGGAAUGUAUAGAACUUCUGGAGCAGGGCGCAAAGAACCGCAUGGUGGGGGCCACGCUUAUGAACAUCGAAAGCUCACGAUCACACUCGAUCUUCACCAUAAGCUUGGAGCAGAUGUCUACCAGUGUGACCGGUGAUGGGGCGGCUAUUAAGCGUGGCAAAUUGAAUCUAGUCGAUUUGGCCGGUUCAGAGCGGCAGAGUAAAACUGGAGCGACCGGUGACAGGUUAAAGGAAGCUACGAAAAUUAACCUCUCCUUGUCCGCACUGGGAAAUGUGAUAUCUGCCCUAGUGGAUGGAAAAACGAAACACAUACCGUACCGGGACUCCAAACUGACCCGACUUCUACAGGAUUCACUCGGGGGUAACACCAAAACACUGAUGAUUGCGUGCAUAUCGCCGGCUAACUACAAUUACGACGAAACACUGUCCACCUUGCGGUACGCAAGUCGUGCGAAAAACAUUGCCAAUAAGCCGCGGGUGAACGAAGACCCUAAGGACACGAUGCUGCGGGAAUAUCAGCAAGAAAUUAUACGUCUGAAAGAACUUUUAAAGGGCGGAAGUCAACCUAUCGUCGAAAACGGAUAUGCCGAGAUAGGCUUCGACGUGGAAAAGCAGGCUUUGAAAACACAAUACGAUCAAGAAGUUAUGCACCUAAGGAGAGAGUAUGAGCAACAGAAAAUCGCAAAACAGGAGCUGGUAAAGGAUAUAGAAAAAAUUAAAACCUUUUACGAACAGCAAAUGCAACACCUUGCCUCACGGAAAUUAGUCGAAAACAAUCGAGAACCAACGGUAGGGUUGCCUAGUCGAGAUAGGAAGGAAAUUUACGAUCGCAUCAAACAGAUCAAAGAUGCUCUGAUCGGAGGAGAACGAGCAAAUGAUAUUCAACUAAAAGAAAAACGAUACCGCAAUAAACUAGCGUCCGAGAAGCGGAUCAAUGCGCUCGCUCAGGCAAUCAGUAGGAUCGAGCAGACUGAAGACAGAGAUUUGCUGCAAGGACACUACACUGACAUUCAGCAGGAGUUAAAGACACGCUACGAUCAGAUACGGACCCUGCGUAGGCGCACCAAGUUUCUCGACCAGGAAGUAUCGGACAUUCAGGGCGAAUUUCAACGCGAGCGUGAUGAUUAUCUUGCCACCAUAAGACUGUUGGAAAAGAAAAUCCUCUUCUACGAAAGUGUGUUUCAAAAGGCAAUGCCUGUGUUGCGGAAAGAUGGGCGCUACUGGAAUCUAGAAUGCCUGGAAAAGGAAUCCGAAUGGAGCGAGGAUCUGCGCAAGUGGCGGUUGCCGGACGAUACGCUUCUGAGGUUGCGUCUACCUCCGGCCGAUACACCACCCCCCGAAACGGCAUCGCCGGACAAACUAUCCGGUCGAGAGAGUCAAUCGUCCUUAACUGCACCGGGUCGGCUGGAGCGUAGUUCAACGAUGAUACUAGCCAAAUUACCGGAUUUUCAGCGCGAUAACAAAUCCACCGGACCGGAAGACAACCAGCGCAAAGAGUUUCUUAAUAAAAGCACUAACUGUAAUCCCUUUCCGAAAAUUGAGGACGUUGCAAUGAGCUACUUCAGACCCAGACGGGCCGCCGAGCUAGUUUACAAAAGUGGUUGGCGAUCUUUGCAAAAAUGAUAUUGAUAUUGUUUAAUGGCUUCACCGAUUUUAAUGAAUGUUAUAUAAUAUUUAUUUUGAAAUAAAGAGUUAUC